GCACUUUGUUUUUGUACAAGACAGAUUAGCCAACCAGCUAGCUAGCUGGCUAUCGUCAUGUAGCCUGACUGUAUCAUUUGUGGUUUCCCAGUAUUGUGAUUGUAUUCAUUAAAUAAAACAGCUGACUGGAGUUUAAAUAAAUGUGAAGUUUAUCGUUCAAAAGAGACGAUGAAUGGAAAUUCUAAUCCGCUUUUGGACAAAGAAGAGCAUGUAUUAAAGCUUGGUGAAAGCUUUGAAAAACGCCCCAAAUCUUCAUUUCAUACGAUCAGAUAUGACUUCAAACCAGCGUCCAUAGAUACAACUUGUGAAGGAGAAUUGCAAGUUGGAAAAGGAGAUGAAGUUACCAUCACAUUACCUCACAUUCUGGGCUCUACACCACCCAUGACGGUAUUCAAAGGCAACAAGAGGCCAUAUCAGAAAGACUGCGUUCUGAUCAUCAACCAUGACACUGGGGAGUAUAUUCUUGAAAAGCUGGCCAGCAGCAUACAAGUCAAGAAGACCAGAGCGGAAGGCAGUAGCAAGAUCCAGGCGCGGAUAGAGCAGCAGUCGGUGCGGGCCAACCAGCCUCCCUCGCAGUUCCGUGCCCCAACCAAGCCAGGAGCGGGUGCCAAAGCAUCUCCAUCACCUUCCAAGGACAAUCCCUCCCCUGAGCCUCAGCUCGAUGACAUCAAGAGAGAGCUGCGUGCGGAGGUGGAGGUGAUUGAGCAGAUGAGCAGCAGCGGCAGCAGCAGCUCCUCAGACUCGGGCAGUUGCUCCGGGAGCGGCGAUGACAGCUCCAGCAGUGACGCAGAGCCGGAGGGAUCUCCAACUCACCACCACUCCUCUCCAAACCGCCUCCCCGUGGUCAAUGGCACUGACAAGCCCCAGAGCAGCAACCAGCUCAUGAACACACUCAGGAAUGACCUUCAGUUGAGUGAAUCUGGAAGCGACAGUGACGAUGACUGAGCACCUUACUUCUAUCUUCGCUGCCAUUCUCCUUCCUCUGUGUACCCCAGUGUUCACUUCCUCGUGCUUUUCAAACCUUGGCUCCUCUAUAUUUCUAAGAACCCCUCUGGACACUGGGAGAUUAAAAAGAGUGUAUUUUUAUUAGAUGUAUAUUUUAUUUUGUAUUUCAGCGUUCAGAUCUUUUAACAUAUGAGGUUGUGGGGGUGCGUAUCUUGCAUUUUAGCUUGAGCCUUUAUUUUCAUACUGUCAUGGACCCUGCCCAUUUAAUCACUCCGCUGAUAUUGUGAGCAUGGUCAAAGCUGUAAACACACAAGGUUACAAUAGCCCAACAAUCCAUUUGCAUUUUAGACAGCUUCUCAGCUUACUAUUUUUUGUAAUGUUCACAUUGUAUGGGGAUCUACUGUACAGCAGAAAAGGCUUAUCUUUUUCUAUCAGAAAAAUAAAUAUAUUUUGUAUUUUAGACAUGUUCCGGGGCAAAUGGAAGUGCUUGAGAUGGAUUUGGCCGGUCGCAUGAGGUCUCUUUAGCAGAGGGAGAUCCUGUGAUUUCAGGAUGCCUGCAUGAUAGCUCCAUAUGAAAUUUAGUCUGACACUUCACAAUCAGUGAUGUGGAGAAUUCCUUAUGUUACGUAUUUAUUAUUUUCUCACGCAAAGCUAGGGAACAAUUGGUGCAACUUUAUGCAGCUAUCCUGAACAAUAAACAAUGUUUAAAAUCUACAAUGUGACUUAUAACAGGCAUUUGUUAGUCAACUGGUCACAGGUAUUCAAUGGCCACUUAGGUUUUAUGUAGCAGUCACUUACCAAAAAUUGUAACUAAGUGAAAGGAAAAAAAAACAGUCACAUCAGGUAAAUGAUAGAGCACUUCCUAUUUUUUUCAGUUACAGAAUUUAAGUUGUCAGUCUUUACAUCACCUCUAUUGUUGACACAUUCAACAUACAUACAGGAGUCUGAUAUCACAGGUCACUUUAAUGAAUGGGUAUAUAUGUUAUCGCAUCAUAUUCGUGCUGUUAGUUGCGUAUUGGGAAUGCAAAAGUCAACAGGAAAAUGUAUCAGUGGAAGGAUGAAAUGGCCAAUAUGCAGGACCUGAAGUGUGUAUGGACGUAGUCUUCACCUCAUGAAUUACGCACUGGCUAGUGUGCUUCAGACCGUACUGAAGAGUCUGACUGGCUAGCGUGCUUCAAACCCUACUGAAGAGGAUGGGCUAUAGCAAAGCGGUGGACAUUUUAUCAGGAGGAGGACAUCCACAGUCUGCAGUUGUAUAUAUUUUUAUCUUUGUGAGCGGUUGUUGUUCUAUGUGCCCUGUUCUUCCUCACCACUGUGGUGCAUAUCUGACCCUCUAUCCAUUUCCUAAGAGCGAUGGCUUCUUUGCUUCCAUAUUGGGCUUGUUUUUAGCUGUUUAUUUAUCAGUGUAUGUAUGUAUGUAUGUAUGUUUUUUUGUGGAAUUUUGAAAUGCAUUAAAGCUCGUGUGUCUAUCCGUGUGUUCCAUGGCA